AUGGAGAUGGAGACAGGGGCAGACAAAGGGCUGAAGUGUCCUGUGUGUCUGCUGGAGUUUGAGGAGCAGGAGACAGUGCGGGAGAUGCCCUGCAAACACCUCUUUCACUCUGGUUGUAUCCUGCCCUGGUUAGGGAAGACCAAUUCUUGUCCGCUAUGCCGACUCGAGCUACCAACCAACAAUCCAGAGUAUGAGGAGUUUAAGAAGGACAAGGAGAGGAGAAAACAGAGGGAACAUAGACUGGAGGAUCUACAUGGAGCCAUGUACACGUAACGGCUCAGAGCACACUUCUUACUGCUUAUUUCACAUUUCUUGCAUUGGGUCGCAAUAUAAUUGAGAAAAGCUGCAAAUAAUAUUGUUUAGCUAUUAUGUUGUAUUGUAAAUAUGUCAGUUUUAAAUACAGUCAAUUGUACAAAUACCUGUUUUGUGAUACAGAUAUAAAUGAUGGAUGAUCAUUAUAUAAUAUGAAAGGAAUACUGAGGCAGUUCAGUCAGUUUGAACUCUCUAUACGUUCCCUGCCUAAACAUGUCAUAGCAUGUCUCUUCCUUUUCUUUUCCCCCCAAGAUGCAAUAUAAUGACCAAAGCAGAUUAUUAAAUGGCUUUAAAUGGCAUAUGUUUUGCUGGCCUCACAUUUGUCCGAUUUGAAAAACAAUCUGUUUAUAAUUUUGAUUGCUUUGGCACCAGCAUUAACUCCCUACUCUGGUAUAGGAUUUUGAAGAAAGUUCAAGGAACACCACUCAGUGCACAGAAAAAACAUGUGAACAUACAAUGCCUUCAGAAAGUAUUCAUACCCCUUGACUUAU